AUGUCGGCGGCGUUGUACCCGGCCACGGAUGUACUAGACGAGUGCCGCCCGCUUUGCGGGUGGGUAGGGAUGGUUGGUCCCAAACCCGUGGAGCUCGCUAAAUUGACCAAUAUUGACCAAUAG